UUUAUUAUCCAUAAUUCAAAACUGUAAAGUAAUAUUUACCGUAUAAAAUUAAAUAAUAUUGUUAAAAUUAUUAACUGAAUGAAAAAAGUGCUGAUAUCGGUUUUUCACCUUAAUUAUAUUGUCAACGAUAAAUUAUUGUCAAUAUAUAAAAUACUCGCGCCAGUAUUUGACAAUUGACAAAAAUUUUCAAUAUUGUUUAUCAGCUGAUUUUUACAAUUUAGUAAAAACACCCUGAACGUGGUUAUAUAUCAAAUUGUAUAAAGAACUAUAAAUGUCGAGCUGUCACAACAACUUAAAACGUUAUAAUAUGAUUAAAAGGAAAAAUAUGAUUUUAAUUUUUUUUAAUCAUACACAUAAUAAGCUUUCAGUUUUCUGCUACUGAAUAUAUUUAAAAAAAUUUGCUCGUAUUUUAUAUUAUACAUUAAAACACAGUCUUCUUGAUUUGUGCAAAAUAUUACAAGUUAAUCUAUAUUUCAUUGUUGGUGUUUUUGUACUGUAACUUUUAUAAUAUAUAUAAAAAUGGGCAAAUUUUAUUAUUUCAUAGAUUUCGAUAUUUUGACUGACCCUUAUUAGUAUUGAUUUUGGAAUCCUAUAAAUUUGUAUUUAUUUACCUGACUGACAAAGAACGAGAUAUCAGAUGAUGGCCAAUUACCUAGAACCAUAUGUCCAGGAUGUACAAUUCAGUUGGAAGCCACAGUGGAAUUCUUAAAUCUUAUUGCGAAAGGCCAGAAAAUAAUACGAGAGCUACAUCAGAGAGAAAAAGAUUAUAAGAAAUCAUUAUGCAAUGGUAACACCAAAGCACCUGAGAUUAUUACUGAAAACAUUGUGUAUGAAAUAAACACAAGUAAUGGAAUGUACCAAGUGGAACAUCCAAUUGCUUUGCAAAUUGCUGGCUUGGAGAAACCCAAACGUAAACGUGGGCGGCCACCCAAAAAGCCCAAAAGCACUGAAGAAUUGCCAGAAGAAGAACCCGUGGUAUUGCAAAAUCUUGAUUCAGCUAAUAAUUCAAAAGAAGAACCAACACCUGGAAAGCGACGACGGAAAACGCCGACUAGAUUCAAAGAAGCUGUACAGGGUAAAGAGUUAGAGAGAAUAUUUAUAGAAGAAGGGGUAAUUGAUGGAGAAGAAAGUGAGAAUGACAUCAAGCCAGACAUAGAUCCGGAGCAAAAAAUUCCAGAAUCAAAGGAACCAGAGAUUAUUGGUCAUAUGGAGGACUCUGGAGAACUAGUUGUGGUUGUCAAGGGCAAAGGACGCGGUCGGCCCAAAGGGCGCGUGCAGGCGCGGCAGUGGGCGUGCGCGCAGUGCGGCGCGGUGUUCUCGUGCGCGGGCCGCUACAUGGCGCACGUGGCGCAGCACGGGCCCGCGCGCUGCGGCUGCGGCCUGCGCUGCGACUCGCGCCUGCACCUGCACCACCACCAGCGCGCCACCGGACACUCCGCCGCCGACAACGCCGACACCGCCGACACCGCCGACACCGCCGCCGACACCGCCGACACCGCCGCCGCCACCGACCACACGCCCGCCGCUGCGGGUGAGAAUCUUCAAAAUGAAUCCAAAGGAGAAACAACUCCGCCUCAACAGACCACAGAUUCACCUGACCUGCCACCAAUUGACAAUGUCAUUGACAAUGUGAUGGCAAGCAAAAGUUUACCCGACCUGAACCCACUUUUACCAGAAAAUACUACAAAUACAUCCGAAGCAGUUGAAGUCGUUCCAGAGGACACUAAAAAAGACAUUGAAGCCAAUGAAAAUUCAAUUAUUCUUAAAGAAAUACCUCUCGACACUGAGGGCCCUGCAGAAGUUAUUGUGCCUGAUGUAAAGCCAAGGCUCAAGUGCAACCACUGUGACAAGACGUUUAGUACCAAACAGAGCAAGUCUGUACAUAUAAAGGCGGCGCACCAGGGCGAGCGGCCGCACGUGUGCGGCGAGUGCGGCGCCCGGUUCGCGUACCCGCGCUCGCUGGCGCUGCACGCCGUCUCGCACCGCCGCCCGCGCGCCGCGCGUGGCUUCGCCUGCGACCUCUGCGGCAAGGUACUGAACCACCCAUCGUCGGUGGUGUACCACAAGGAGGCGGAGCACGCGGGUCAGCGGUACGUGUGUAACAAGUGCGGCAAGUCGUUCAAGCACAAGCAGCUGCUGCAGCGGCACCAGCUCGUACACUCGCAGCUGCGACCCUUCACCUGCAAGACGUGUAAUGCAUCGUUCAAGACGAAAGCGAAUCUGAUCAAUCAUCAACUACUUCACUCCGGGAUCAAGAAAUUCGCUUGUGAAAUUUGCAAGCACCGUUUCGCGCAUAAAACUAGUCUCACGCUGCACAUGAGGUGGCAUACAGGCCAGAAGCCGUUCUCGUGCGGCGUGUGCGGCAAGAGCUUCAGCCAGAAGGGCAACCUGUCGGAGCACGCGCGCAUCCACACGGGCGAGAAGCCGUACGCCUGCGCGCUGUGCCCGCGCCGCUUCACCACCUCCUCGCAGCACCGCCUGCACGCGCGCCGCCACGCGCAGCAGCCGCAGCACGCGCAGCACCCGCAGCACCCGCAGCACGCGCAGCAGCCGCAGCGGGACGACCGCGUCACGCUCGCCUGCACGCACUGCCCCAAGCGAUUUGCGUCGCACACGGCACUGAUAGCGCACCAGCGGCGCGUGGCUGCCGCGGCGGCGGGCGCGGGAGCGGAGGCGGAGGCGGGCGCGGACGCGGGCGGGCAGCGGCAGCGGCACACGUGCGGCGAGUGCGGACGGUCGUUCGGUGAACGCUGGGCGCUGGUGAAGCACGCGCGCCGCCAUACCGGCGAGCGACCCUUCCGCUGUCCGCACUGCCCGCGAGCCUUCGCGGACUGCUCCAACCUCAACAAGCACAAGAAGCAAGUGCACAAACAAAUAAGUCUGCUGGUAAACGAUAAUAACCAACCGGAAGCGGUAGAGGCGGGGGCGGUGAUGAUGAUGGGUGGCGAGGUGGAGGAGGCGGCGGCGGGAGUGGUGCAGGAGGAGGGCGGCCAGGGGGAGGGGGAGUUACACGAGCGCGUCAUAUACGUGGCGUACGACGUGGACGAGCCGCAUUCACCCGCAUACCACAUAUUGGAUCCGGAGCAGGCGGCGACCCUGAACAACGGCAAGAUGUUGUCAACCUGCGAGCUGUACCCGGGCCCGUCGCUGCUGGUGCAGCACACAGAGCUGGAGGCGGAACCCGAGCUGCACGAGGAGGCUAGCCUCCAGCAGUACGAUCCCAAGUUGGACGAGCUCCCAUUGAAGGAUGAACAUAUUACAGUAACAGAUGAGCAAGGCAAUCCGCUCCACUUCACGAUGCAGGACGGCACGCAGCUCGCCAUCACCUCCGUGGACGGGAAAUCUUUGCAGGUUGUGACACAAGAUGGCCAGACUAUCCCCGUCGAGAUCAACGGAUACGACGAGGAAGAGGAAGAGGAGGCAGUAGAAGCACCCGAGAGGAUUGUUCACCAGUUGAGAAUCGACAACAGCGACGGUACCCCUGUCACACAUUACUUUGCCCUCGUCUAACCAAGUUUUUCUAGAAUAAUUCUAGAUUUCUAGUACACAGGUCUUACGGAGUUACAAUAUUUUAAAUAUUUUUUAAAACUGCGUUCAGCUUUUCUCGAUUAUUUUAUAUAUUAUUAUGCUACAGAAAUUAUAAAAACCGAUAUUGAUGAGUAUUUUAUCUUUUAAUCAAAAGGAUUAACUCCUAUGGUGAAUGUAUACUAUUUUUGUUAAAAUUCAAGUUUUUUUUUAUCAGCCUUAAGAAAAAGGUGAUUUUUAAUUGCAUUAUUUUAAUGGUCUGAUUUUAACAAUUUAAAAAAAAAUAAUGUCCAACUUUACAUUGUGAUUAAUUACUUGGCAUAUUUAAACAAUUACGGUGUUUUUUUUUAUCAAUAUGUGCGUAAAGUGAACCAAUAAUCAGUAAAUGGGUAUAUAAAGUAUAAAAAAAAAAACAAAACAUAUAUCGCAUACCUAGUAAAAUAUCGCUAUAGUUUAAAAUUGGUAAAAUGGGUUUUUGUAAUAAAUAUCUAGAGCAGAUUUAACGGCCUAGCUAAAAAACUUCAGCUCUAUCGGACACCAAGUCGAGACGUUACAUUAUUUAAGAUUUUGUUUUGUUAUCUCAGAUCUUGAUUUAAAAACUAAACUACUUAACCGUUUUCUAUAAAAUUUCUUUCAGAUAAAAAAGAAAAUAAUUUUUCCAAAUCUGUUUAUAUUAUUAUUAUUGUUGUUGCUUAGAUUUCUGUUUUGCACUAAUUAGUGCCCAUUCACUACUUCCUAUGCCAGUGUUAAGUUGAUUGGAAGAGAUCUCUUUUAGAGAUAUGUUCACCUUUGCUUACAUUGUUUCUAAUUGUUAUUACUGUAUAUUUUAGUGUAAUAAAAAAUAUAUAUAAAUGACGGAGUUCCGAGGUAAUAAAAUAAAAAUACAACCGAACUGAAAACCUUUUCCUUUUUUAAGUUGGUUAAAAAUAGAUUGCAAGUUUUAAAAAGGCUCACAUAUUAAAGUACAUACAUGGUAACCUUUGUACAAAAUUAUAGCUUGUAAAACACUUUAGGUUGUUCCUUCACUAACUCACUUCAUCAAUUUUGUGUUAAGUUGAUUUUUAACUAAGGAUGCGAUAUAUCGAAUCGCUUUGCAAAAUUGUCGCUUCAGUUACAUGUACGCGAUUUUAGAAAUAUAUAAAUUGAAUGGAUCUCUCAAUUACUUACAUUAUAAUACAGUGAUAUUUAAUAUAGAUAAUUAAGUAUUCAAUAUGUAAGUAGUUUAUCGAACAAAUUUAAUUGUAAUAUAAUUGAAUUAUAAUUGAUUGAAGAAUAAU